AAUGUGCUGAGGCGUUGCUCACAGACAAACACAAGUGUGUCAGAGAAGGCGCAUGAAUAUCUUCCAGCUGCUGAGGGGUGAAGUUGGCUGUCAGCACAUUCUUACUUCACAGACUGGACCGAACUGACAUAGGAGGCCCAGGGAGGUUGGCGUCUAUUUCCAGAGGUCAACAGGCAGGAGACCCCAGGCAGCUCAUCAACCAGGCACAUCUAAAGGCAAACUGAAGUGACCAGAUCAACUAAACAUCUGGAUUCAGAAGAGACUUAAAGACAAAGAGAUCAAAACUCGGCAAUGGAGAAAAAUUUUGGCAGUAAUCCAGGGUUUGCACUAGCUGACUACGCCGUCUUUGUUGUUAUGUUGUCAGUUUCCAUGGCGAUUGGGCUUUUUCAGGCUCUGAAAAAACAGCAAAGGGAUGCAACUGCAGAGGCCUUCUUCACCGGAGGUCGGAGCAUGCCGGCUGUGCCUGUUGGUUUGUCGCUCUGUGCCAGCUUCAUGUCAGCUAUCCAGGUCCUGGGUGUUCCCUCAGAAGGAUUUCGCUAUGGCUUCAAAUUCCUCUACAUGUGCCUCGGACAAAGCAUCAACUCCCUGCUGACAGCUUACCUGUUCCUGCCAGUUUUCUUUCGACUGGGCAUCACCAGCACCAACCAGUAUCUAAAGAUGAGGUUUGGCAGAGGGAUGCAGCUGCUGGGAAGCGUCCAGUUUAUUCUUGCAACGCUGCUUUACACUGGGAUUGUCAUCUAUGCACCAGCCUUGAUCUUAUAUCAAGCUGCCGGACUCAGUAUCUGGGUGUCUCUCUUUUCCACGGGGAUCAUUUGCACCAUGUACACCACACUGGGCGGCAUGAGGGCUGUUGUCUGGACCGAUGUGUUCCAGAUUGUUGUCAUGUUAUCAGGCUUUGUGGCAAUUUUCAUCCAAGGGACAAUUCUGGUUGGCGGUCCUGCACAAGUACUGGAGAUUGCCAGCAAUAAAUCACGCCUUAAUUUCAAUGAUUUUGAUGUCGAUCCACGGAAACGUUACACCUUCUGGAGCCUCAGUGUUGGGGGUUCCAUGGUUUGGUUGUCCAUGUACGGCGUAAACCAAGCACAAGUUCAGCGUUACAUUUCCUGCCGAUCAGAGAAAGAAGCUCAGUGGGCUCUGUUUGUAAAUCAGAUUGGUCUGUGCCUCAUUGUGAGCAGCGCAGCAACCUGCGGUAUCGUCAUGUUUGCUUAUUACAACCUCUGCGACCCACUGAAAUCUGGGAGGAUUUCUGCACCUGAUCUGUACAUGCCAUUCUUCGUGCUGGACAUAUUCAGUAAUCACCCAGGAUUCCCAGGUCUUUUCCUUGCCUGUGCAUACAGUGGGACUCUCAGCACUGCCUCCACCAGUAUCAACGCCAUGGCUGCAGUGACAAUGGAAGAUAUACUGAAACCUCAUCUGCUCCAGACGACACAGAAGAAGCUGGUCCUUGUUUCCAAAGGACUGUCAUUCCUGUAUGGAGCUGGAUGUAUCACUGUAGCAGCUCUUUCCUCUUUCCUGGACUGGGGGGUUCUUCAGGGUUCAUUCACUGUCAUGGGUGUGGUCAGUGGUCCAGUUCUGGGCGUAUUCAUUUUGGGAAUGUUUGUCCCAGGAACAAACAGGCUGGGGGCGUACUGUGGGAUAUUGGCAGGAUUCUGUGUCUCUCUGUGGCUGGCUGUGGGUUCAACUCUUCACCCACCCAGUGAGGAGACCAUGGGUGUCCUGCCCACCUUCACAGACGGCUGCAGCUUUGCUAAUGGCACAAGAAACAACAGCUCGAACCUGGAUGAGGUUUCCAUUUUGACCCCACUUCAUCCUAAACACCAAGGUGGCCUCCUCAACUUCUACUCCAUGUCUUACCUCUAUUUUGGAGCCAUUGCCACCAGUUCAGUAAUACUGGUGGGACUGAUAGUGAGCUAUGCAACAGGGCCAACAAAGAGGAGUCAAAUUAAAGAGGGGUUGUUAUGGUGGGACCUGAAAAAAAAGGAGACGGAAAUCUCGUCAGAAAGCAGAACGGAUGUGAUAUCCUGGAUGUUCCCCUGCUUCGUUCAGAAUGCAUGCAGGAAUACACAACAGAUAUCUACGGUUCAUAUAGGAAAUAACCAGGACAAAUUAAUAGACAACCCACUGGCAGUUCCUUUGAAGAGCCUACCCAGAGACGGUGUGCUGUAAAUGGAAAAAAAGAGGAUGUAGUUUUUAAAUGCCGUUAACCUCCAAAUUACUCAUAGCAAAUCCUACUGGAAUUUCCUCUGUAGUAGCAGUAAAGUUUUUCUUUAUCUUAUCAUUUGACGUUUCUAAAUCCUGGCACACAUUCAGAGUUAGAGUCAUUGUUCUUUCAAAGAGCCAUAAAUAUAGAUAGUAAAAUGUGAUGAUAGAUUUUAUUUUUCUACUGGUAUGUGCUGUUUCGGGAAAGAUGUGCACCUUCAAUGUGUCAACACAAGAAUGAUAGGAAGCAGAGAUAACAGUUUAAAUCUGUGUGUACAUUUGCCGUAAUUUAGUGAUGGUUUCCUUAUUUCAUGCUCUGUUAUCAGGCCUGUUUUUCACUAUUUUUUUACUAUUGGAAGCAAAGUGGGUCACAGCUUCACACUCAAAUGUAAAUGUUGAGUCAGCAUGAUCACAUACAAAAUAUGAGUUGAUACAUCUUUAUUGAAAACAGUUUGAUAACAAACACUAAGAGCAGAGACUUGCAUGGCUACUACAUGUUUAUUUUGUUUGAAGGUGCCAUUUUGAAAAAUUUAGAAUUUUGAAAGUGCUGUUAUGUUUUCCUCCUAUUUUUAAAUUAUACUACAAAUUCCAAUAGAGUUGUCAACCUAAACUAUUUUCUAUUUUGUUAAAUUUAUGCUACUUUGAAAAGUGCUUCAUUGCUCAGAAGCCUCUGGUUCAUUAUCAAAAUCCAUCCAUAGGUUUCUUAUUCUUAAUCAAAGCACGAUUCUCUCAUGUUAAUUAUUGUCUGCAUACUGGAAAUUGUUUUUGUUACUUUUAAAAUGAUGGGGUUGAUAAAAGUAAUAAAAUAAUUAAUAUGUUAGCACUUGAAUUUACACUUUAUUCGUUACAAUUUAACUCAUCCUAAAAAGUUAGAACAUUGUAUUUACGGUAAUCCUGUCCACUUAGGUAAUAAUGUAAAAGUUUCAAGGACUUAAAAUUUAUACCACUUUGUCACUAUUUAAUAAAUUUAUAUCAAUUUCCCAGGUUCUUUGUGAAUCUAAAAUAAAUGUGGUUAAAUGUAGAACUUAGUUUUAAACUGUUUUUUCUUAUAUAUAAAACAAUCCAUACCUUAAAACCACUUAUCCACCAAUGCUUUGACAUCUUAAAUAAAACAUGCUUAAGUCAUUUUAUCAAUAUGCUAGAAAAAAACAUUUAAGUGAUUUGCAGUUUAUCCUCCUGAAUAGAGCAAUGCAGAGCUUUUUAAUGAUUUCUAGUUUUAAAAUUACAUUUAUUCAACUUUUUUCUGCAUUUUACAUACAUUUUAUUAAACCUGACUAUAUUUCAAAA